AUGGCCUUCCUCCGUUCAUUCUCUCUGCUUCCGGCAUUGAUUGCCGUGACUCGUGCGCAGCAGGCCUGCACAUCGACUACCGAAACCCACCCGCCUCUGACCUGGUCCAAGUGCACUUCCAGCGGAUGCACUGAAGUCCAAGGCUCAGUUGUCGUUGAUGCGAACUGGAGAUGGACCCAUACAGUAGACGGAAGCACCAACUGCUACACCGGAAACAAAUGGGACUCAUCCAUCUGUACCGACGGAGAAACCUGCGCUGAGAAGUGUUGCGUUGAUGGUGCCGAUUAUGCCAACACAUACGGUGUCACUACCAGCGGCAACCAGCUCAGCAUCGACUUUGUUACCAAGGGCGCCUACGCAACCAACAUUGGUAGCCGUCUCUACCUCCUGGAGGAUGAUUCUACCUACCAGAUGUUCACCCUGCUCGGUAACGAGUUCACCUUUGAUGUUGACGUAUCUGCAAUCAGCUGCGGCCUCAACGGUGCUCUGUACUUUGUCUCCAUGGAUGAAGAUGGCGGCUUGGCCAAGUACGAUGGUAAUAAGGCUGGAGCUAAGUACGGUACUGGUUACUGUGAUGCUCAAUGCGCCCGCGAUGUCAAGUUCAUCAACGGAGUUGCAAAUGUAGAGGGUUGGGAACCUUCAGAGAGCGAUUCAAACUCGGGUACCGGAAACCUGGGCACCUGCUGCCCAGAGAUGGAUAUCUGGGAAGCCAACGAUAUCUCUACAGCCUUCACCCCUCACCCCUGCACAACCCUGACCCAGCACUCGUGUGAGGGUGAUGCCUGCGGCGGAACCUACUCUACCACACGUUACGCUGGCACUUGCGACCCAGAUGGAUGUGAUUUCAACUCUUACCGCCAAGGAAACGAGUCGUUCUACGGCCCUGGAUCUGAUUUCCUCGUCGACACAACCAAGAAGAUCACUGUCGUCACUCAAUUCGUUGCCGGCACUAGCGGUGGCCUAUCUGAGAUCAAGCGACUCUACGUUCAGGAUGGCAAGGUGAUUGCAAACUCGGACUCAAAGGUCGAGGGUACCUCUGGCAACUCGGUCACCGAAGAGUUCUGCACGGCUCAGAAGGUGGCAUUCGGAGACGAGGAUGACUUCAAGGCCAAGGGAGGAUACUCCCAGAUGAGCGACGCACUUGCUGCCCCCAUGGUCCUGGUCAUGAGCCUCUGGGAUGAUCACCAUGCCAACAUGCUUUGGCUCGACUCUACCUACCCCGUGGACGCGACUGGCGCUGGCGCAGCCCGAGGAACUUGCUCGACAAGCUCAGGCGUCCCGGCUACCGUGGAGUCUGAAUCACCCGACUCUUCCGUUGUCUUCUCCAACAUCAAGUUCGGCCCUAUUGGCUCUACAUAUGACUCUGGUAACAGCGACUCUGGCGACAGCGCAAGCUCUAGUUCUACUGCUGCCGCCGCACCCACAGCUACUCAGAACACAGCGACCGCGAUCCAGUCCUCUACCGCUGCUGCCGUCCCAACCAGCGCCACCGUCAUCGUGAGCGAGAAGUCCAGUGCCACCUCCGCAGCUUCCAUCGCAACGUCUGCUGCCUCUAGUGCCACCUCGGCUGCUCCUAUCCAGGCCACCACCUCCAUCCAGUCCGAUGCCCAGAGCGCUACAUCUCUCCCAACCACCUCCCUGGCAGUCAGCGAGUCUCAGUGCGGUGCCAGCACCGUCACUGCCACGGUUACCGCUACCGUCACUGUCUCCUCGGGUGCAUCUCCCUCAGCCACUCCCGGGGAUUCUGACGACGACGACGAGUGCGAGGACGACGAAGGUGACGAGACUUCGGCCGCUGCCGCGUACGGCCAAUGUGGCGGAGCCAACUGGACCGGCACCACGAGCUGUGCGUCGGGCUACGUCUGCAAGGUGCAAAACGACUACUACUCCCAGUGCGUUGCUGAGUGA